AUAACCUGUUUUCUUCCACCUGAAAACCGCUCUCUUAAUACCACUCUUCUCUCUCUCUCUCUCUCUCUCUCUCUCUCUCUCUGCAUCUUCUUCUUAAUAUUAUUAUAUAUACUAAUCCAUAUGAUCAUUUCUCUUUCUUUCUCUCUUUAACACCACGUAUCUUCUUCACCAUAGUUUUCACUUUCUUUUCUCUUUCCUUUCUCUGUAUUCUGUUUCUGCAACUGUCUGCCUGGUCCGAGCUUCGCGCUCUCCCUGUCAAGCCAUGAACAUAGAGUUACAUAACAAUCAUUGAGAGAUUGUUUUCUUUCUUUGUCUCUCGAGCACAUCGAGUAUAUACCUAUAUAUAUUUUAUACACUGUAUACGGAAGGAAAGAUAGGUACAUGGCGUUUCAUCAUAACCAUCUCUCGCAAGAGCUUCCUCUCCAUCACUUCACCGACCAGCAACAGCAGCAGCAGCAGCAGGCACAGAACCAGCAGCACUUGCCGGAGACGACGGCACCAAGUUGGUUAAACACGGCGCUGCUCCGCUCCCAACAGCCGCAGCCACCUCCGCACGCGCACUUCUCAGACACCAAUUUCCUCAACCUCCACACUGCGAACACCACCAACCCCGGAGCUGCCAAUAACGCCAGCGCCAACGCCAACUCCGAUUCGACGGCCUCGCAGGCGCCAAACCAAUGGCUGUCCCGCUCGUCUUCCUCGCUGCUCCACCGUAACCACAGUGACGUAAUAGAUGACGUGGCAGCUGCAGCUGCAGCAGCCGCUGCUGGAGGAGGAGGAGCCGAGUCGAUCAUCGGCGGCGGCGUGGAGUCGGCCGAUUUGAAGAGUAACAGCGAUAACAUGAAUAAUAAUAACAACAACAAGAGCGAGGGGGUUGUGGUUGAGAGUGGAGGAGGAGGAGAGAGCGUUGUGAAUUGGCAAAAUGCGAGGUACAAAGCGGACAUAUUAGCGCACCCGCUGUACGAGCAGCUCCUCUCCGCACACGUUGCGUGUCUUCGAAUUGCCACCCCUGUCGAUCAAUUGCCCAGGAUCGACGCCCAGCUCGCUCAGUCCCAGCACGUCGUCGCCAAGUACUCGGCCUUGAGCGCGGCUCAAGGUCUGGUUGGAGACGACAAGGAACUCGAUCAGUUCAUGACACAUUAUGUUCUCCUACUCUGUUCGUUCAAAGAACAACUACAGCAACAUGUCCGGGUCCAUGCAAUGGAGGCGGUAAUGGCUUGCUGGGAGAUUGAGCAGUCCUUACAAAGCUUAACAGGAGUUUCCCCAGGCGAAGGUACAGGCGCUACCAUGUCUGAUGACGAUGAUGACCAAGUAGAUAGUGAUGCAAACUUGUUCGAUGGAAGUUUGGACGGUGCAGACAACAUGGGGUUUGGUCCUCUUAUCCCAACAGAGAGCGAGAGAUCCUUAAUGGAACGUGUGAGACAAGAGUUGAAGCAUGAAUUAAAACAGGGUUACAAGGAGAAAAUAGUAGAUAUAAGGGAGGAAAUUUUGCGAAAGAGAAGAGCCGGAAAACUACCUGGUGACACAACCUCUGUUCUCAAAGCUUGGUGGCAAUCACAUUCUAAGUGGCCAUAUCCAACGGAGGAAGACAAGGCAAGGUUGGUGCAAGAAACAGGUCUGCAAUUAAAACAGAUAAACAACUGGUUCAUCAAUCAGAGAAAGAGGAACUGGCACAGUAAUCCAUCAACUUCGACCGUCUUGAAGAGCAAACGCAAGAGAAGUAAUGCAGGUGAAAAUAGCAGCGAUCAUUUCAUGCAAAAUGCGAUAUAAAACAUAGAAAUUGCAACUGAUAUAUGGAGUUGAAGUGAAGGGACCAUGUUUUGAUUCAGAGAGAAAAGUAGGCUAACACAGAGGAUUGGGUUUAUGAGCCAAGAAGACGGACAGGUCGGGUAGUGGUGGUGGUGCAAUGUGAUAUUAUGCCAUAUCAGUAGGAAGUUGAAGGUUAGGAGUUUAUAUAUUACUGUAACUUGAUUUGGAUCAUUUCACCUGCAAAUUUUUUUUUUUUGGGAGAUUUAUGAUUUUUGUUUUCUCUUCAUAUCUGUGAAUAAGAUAGCAAGGGGUUGUGGUUGUACAGGGUAAUAAUAUAUUUGCAUAAUUCCUUACAGUUAUUAUUAUAUACUAGUGAGUUAUAGAUUUUUGGCAAUGUAAUGUAGAGUUAAAAUUAUUAGCAAA